UACGUGUGCUGCUGACGGUAGCUGCUGUGCGCAAAUGGAAGGUGAAGCAGAUGGACAUCGUAACCGCUUUUCUGUACGGCAUUGUGGAAGAGGAGGUGUACAUGGUUCAACCACCUGGCUAUGAGGAUAGAACCAGUCGUGUCUGCAAACUUAACAAGGCCAUCUAUGGCUUGAAGCAGGCCCCGAGAUGCUGGUACAACAGGCUGGCCAGUGCACUGGAAGGGAUUGGAUUCCGUGCGAGUGCAUGCGACAAGAGCCUAUUCCUGAUGGGCGAGGGGGAGUCACUUGUGCUUCUGCUGGUGUACGUGGAUGACAUCCUGCUCUUCAGCAGCAGUGACAAGGAGAUCGAUGGGGUGCAGCGGAAGCUCACAGAGCAGUUCAAGUGCAAGUCACUUGGAGAGGCAAGAUACUACCUGGGAAUGCACAUUGAGCGGGAUACUGAACGUGGCUGGCUCAAACUGCAUCAGGGACAGUACAUCAAUACCUUGGCUGAGAAGUACUCUCUGCAGGAAGAACGGGAAGUGGUCACACCUUUGCCUUCCGAGUUCAAACUCAUAAAGGCAGCUGAAGGAGAAGGAGUUGAGAGUGAAGACCAGAGGCAAUUCCAAUCCAUGGUCGGGAGCCUACUCUACGCUGCUGUGCAUACUCGGCCUGACAUCAGCUUUGCUGUGGGACAGCUGGCUCGAGUAGUGCAAAAUCAGUCUAAAAGGAGUUGAAGUCCUCAAAGAGAAGGGGGAGCAGCUCGGAGAAGGAAAGGUGUUCCUUUCCUGUUUUGCUGAUGCCACAUGGGCUUCUGAGCAUGAGGAUUCAUCAUCAGUUGGUGGAUACAUCUGCAUGGUGGGAGGUGGGCCUGUAAGUUGGAGGUCCAAGAAGCAGUCUGAGACGGCACUUUCUUCAGUGGAAUCUGAGUACAUGGCGAUGUUUCAUGCGGCAAAAGAAAUCAUUUGGCUAAGGAGGCUCUUGAAGGAGAUCGACCAUGAACAGACUUGCGCGACACCUCUGUUCAGUGACAGCAAGGGAGCCAUUGCCAUGGCACGCAAUGCAGUUCUUCAUGGGUUGAACAAGCACAUGAGGAUCAAGUGGCAUUGGCUGCGGAAGGAGGUGAAGCUUGGGACACUGGAUCCGAUCUACGUGAAAACUCAGCAACAGCCAGCCGACUUCCUUACCAAGCGGCUAGCUGAAGAGCCACACUGGCGCUGUGCGAGGAUGGCGGGAAUGUCCUUGAACUAGAGACGGCAAAACAAGCCGACAGUCUGAGGGGGAGUGUGUUGGUGCAUAUUCGUUUGCACGUCAUCCUGUCGUCUGUUCGCAUCAUUUCGUUGCAUGUGUUUUGUGUGCUACGUCGUUUGUAUGGUUUGUUGGGUUUGCAUGUCUUUGCAUGUUCAUCUUGUGCUUGGGCAGAUGUGCUUGGAUUGUACAUCAGAUCGAUCGCAUUCCAACGAGCCAAGAAUUGUUGGAAUCGGAGCACAUAUGAAGAAGUUACGAAGAAAUGUUUGAUGGAUUUGUUACAACUCAUUGGAAGUCCUUGGCAGCUGCUACACCAAAGUUGGAGAGCCCUAUAACGAGGAGGGACCAGCAUGUGUGGGACUUUUGUCCUCACCUUGCAGCUGCAGCAUUUGGGGUUUGGAGGCCAACCUGGCACAGUGUGAAUUUUGUCUUGCCAGGCUGGUUGAACCUGAGGAUGGGGAGUCAAGACUUUGACUCUUGUCAUGUUCUUGGGCAAGGGCCUCCAGGGUCCUUCCCUUUUAUCCUUCUCUUCCUACCCCACCUUCCAACUGUGCUUCAAUGUCUUUUCCAUCAUGCCUCUGAACUUGUAAGCUUCAAUUAUAGUGACU